AAAAAAGGGAAGCAGGAGAAACGAAAAACGAACUUCAGAGGGCGUUUUUUGCGCUAAUAUGUAAUCAAGAGAUUUCAUGAAAUUAGGGGAUUUCCUCAUUUUGUACUGUCGGGACGUCGGGUAUCCACGUACACAGAUUGUACUGGGUUAUAUCAAGCAGUACUGAUAGCGAUAUUUGUCAGAAUUCUUCGUACCUUCGUGGUAUCACGUUGUGUUCAAGAACAUUCAAGGUUAAAUUAUUGUGCGAGAGUUUGGAACUGUUUUAAUUUCAGCGCAAUCAGUGUCAUUAGCAAGUGACUUGAUAGACCACAUAAUCCACUUGGAAACUCCGUCGAAUACACACUAAGCGAGAUGACGAGGAAAGGAAAAAAGAAGAAGCAACAGAAUGUACAGGAAGGUGCAUCAACUUCUGGUGCUGAUUCUGAUGUAUCACAAUCACAAUCACAAGUUUCACAACAGCAACAGCAAAAAGAACAGCCAAAGAAACAACAAGAGUCACAGAAGCAAACGCAGAAACAUACCUCACAGCAACCAGAAGUACCUCAACAGCAGCAAGUCACACCAGGUACAUCUCAACAACAAGGAGCAUGGGCUGCACGAAAGCAGCAGCAACAAACAGCAUCAUCAGCUUCAUUGCAACAACAGCAGCAAGUACAACCUCAGCAACAGCAACAAGCACGUCCACCACAGGCACAACAACCGCAACAAGCACGUCUAUCACAACAGCAGCAUGUACGACCACCACAACCUCCAGCACAACAACCACAAUCGCAACAAGCAGCUUGGGGUCCACCACAGGCAAAACAACUGCAACAAGCAGCUUGGGGUCCACCACAACAGCAGCAAAUACAACCACCACGACCUCCAGCACAACAAUCGCAACAAGCACCUUGGGGUCCACCACAACAGCAGCAAAUACAACCACCACGACCUCCAGCACAACAAUCGCAACAAGCACCUUGGGGUCCACCGCAACAGCAGCAAGUACGACCACCACAGGCACAACAACCGCAACAAGCAGCUUGGGGUCCACCGCAACAGCAGCAAGUACGACCACUACGACCUCCAGUGCAACAACCGCAACAAGCAGCUUGGGGUCCACCGCAACAACCGCAACCAGCAGCUUGGGGUCCACCGCAACAGCAGCAAGUACGACCACCACAGGCACCACAACCGCAACAAGCAGCUUGGGGUCCACCGCAACAGCAGCAAGCACCACGAGUUGGUCCUGAUGGUGAUCAACCGUCGGUUAAACAAGCACAACAAAAAGAAGCUGAGCUAUCAUCCCAGGUGUCUCAACUUGCUUUGAGAGAUACAUUGGAGUCUACACAAACUACUCAAAAAGGAAAGCUGACCUCUUCCUCAUUAAAACAAUAUCACCUCUCUAUACCAAAGAGGAAUAAUCCUAAGAAAGCUGGAACACAAGGGAUACCGACUUCUGUUUGGACCAAUAUGUUCCAAAUCAUAUUUAAUAAAAACUUUGUGACAAAUGCGGUUCACUAUGAUGUAGCGAUUUCGCCUAUUGCACCGAAAUCUUUAUACAGAGAAGUUUUCGAACAAUGCAGAACCGAUUACUUUGGCAAUAGGUACCCGGCAUUUGAUGGGAAAAAAAAUGCAUACAGUGCAAAUAAUCUUCCUUUCAACGAUUUUAUGGAGGCUGAGAUUGAAAUUUAUGACAGUGAGCGUGACCAAAUGAGAAAAUUUAAAAUUGAGUUGAAAAAGGUAGCUAACAUCGAUCUGUCCUGGAUAACACAUUUGGAACCUGGUCUUGAUGAGGCUGAUAGAGAUCAAACCGCUAUACAAGUGUUGGAUAUUAUCAUGCGUCAUGCACCUCAAUCACGAAAUUUGAGCGUUGGGAGAUCUUUGCAUUGGAAGGUAGAUGGUCCUGAAAAAUUAGGAGAAGGCUUAACUCUGUCGCGCGGUGGAUUUCAGUCGGCUGUGCUCGGUUGGAAACCAUUUCUAAAUGUCGAUGUUUGUCACAAAGGAUUUCCUACGCCUCAGAACGUUAUUGACUUGAUAGGCGAGUUUACUACAGGAGGGGGAGGCGGUAGAUAUGGAGAUAGAUACGGAGGUAGACCACAAGAGAGAGAAAUAGACAAAAAGAAAGUUGAAAAAUAUUUGAAAGGUUUAAAAGUGAACUAUCAAAUACCUAAUCAACCACGCUCGAAGCGUACAUAUCGUGUAAAUGGAUUGGGCGCUCCUGCUAACGUACAGACGUUUUCUCACGAAGGCGUGGACAUUACGGUAGCGAACUACUUUUCGCGUUUUAAAAACUAUAAUUUAUCUCUACCCAACAUGCCUGUCAUUUGCGUCGGCCCGAAGGAGAGAAACAUUGCAUUGCCUGCCGAAUUAUGUACGAUCGUGGCUGGUCAAUCCGUUAAUAGGAAGCUGAGUGAAAACCAAGUUAGAGAGAUGAUAAAACAAACGACGACGGAUGCACCUACUCGCAAACGUAGGAUCGAAGAUGCGUUCGCGAGGAUCCAAGUGAAUGAGAGUAAUGUUAUGAAAAACGAAUUCCACCUGUCUGUCCAAACGGAAAUGAAAAAGGUGCCUGCUAGAGUCUUACCUCCACCGCAAUUGCAAUACGCCAAAAGGACGGCGAUAGUGAACAAAGGAGUAUGGCAGCCGUCCGAGUUUAAUGAAGCCAUGCAUUUAGAGAAUUACUCGUGGACGAUUCUUAAUUUGACCAAUUUGAGAAACAUUUCAGAUCAAAUGCAAAGGUUUUCGGAAGCGUUGCAGAGUAAUGCGAGGGGCCUGGGCAUGUCAAUCAACCAGCCGCUGACUCCUUUCAAAACUUUAAGGAUCGAUGAGAGGACUAGGAAUUAUGACGAGAUUAAACAUUAUUUCAAUUCUUGUAAGAAACUAAAACUGGUAAUAGUCGUCAUAUCAGAUAGGACGGACACAAUAUACAGCAAAGUAAAACAGAUUACCGAACUGGAAAUAGGCGUGCUUACACAGUGCGUGAAGCUCAGAAAUGUGGAGAAAUGCAAUCCUGCUACAGUGAAAAAUAUUCUUCUUAAGAUAAACUCCAAGCUGAACGGCAUUAAUCAUAAGUUCUUGAAAAUGCCUGCGUGUCUACAAAACAAUUCUUGUAUGCUUGUUGGCGCCGAUGUAACUCAUCCUUCUCCUGAUGCCAUCAAUAUACCCUCCAUAGCAGCGGUUGCUGCAAGUAGCACUCCCUCGGCCUUCCAGUAUAAUAUUGAGCUCAGACUUCAACAGCCUAAGGAGGAAAUGAUCAUGGAUCUCGAAAACAUAAUCAUAUCACAAAUUUUGAUCUACGGAAAGAUGAAUAACCGUCUACCCAAUGGAAUCAUUUAUUAUCGAGAUGGAGUUAGCGAAGGACAACUUGGGCAAGUUAUGUAUUACGAAUUAAAUGCAAUUAAACGAGCGUGUGCGAGAUGCAAGAUUAAAAUUCCCGUGACCUGUUUGGUCGUUCAGAAGAGACACCACGUGCGUUUCUUCCCCACGGACUCCAGGGACACGGAAGAUUUUAAAAAUAAAAAUGUGAGAGCGGGAACAAUCGUUGAUACAGAGAUUACGCACCCGAAUCAUAUCGAUUUCUAUCUCGUGUCACAUGCGAGUAUUCAGGGUACAGCGAGACCUACCAAAUACAGAUGCAUAUGCAAUGAGGCCAAAUUUACUGAAGACCAUCUUGAGGAAUUGACGUAUUACCUUUGCCACAUGUAUGCACGCUGCACGAGAGCCGUAAGCUAUCCAGCACCAACUUAUUAUGCUCAUCUAGCAGCUUAUCGCGGCAGAGCUUUGAUACAGGAGGUCGACAUCUCUCUGCAAAACUUACAAGAUGAGCAGAACAAGUUGAAAAUGAAUAUGGCGGGAUCGCCAAUGUGUUUUAUUUAAAAAUAAAGGUUUGUUAUUUUUCUUCCCAUGAGACGAGUGAAAGAUAGUCGAGAAUUGUUUCAAAUUUGACACGAGAUGUCUUUCGCCAUUCUCGUUUCCGAUCAUUGAGAUUUGUGGAUCGAUGUAAAGUCCAUAUGGAAUUUUUUUUGUUUAUGAUAAGCAUUUAUAUAAUAAUGGAAAAACAAAAGAAAUAAUUUCAGUUUUUCAAGACUUUAAUAUAUGAGGGAGCAAACUGUGCUAAAAUGUGUUACCAAGGACUAUUGCAUUAGAAAAGAAAGAUAUGAACUAUCUAGAUGAUUGCUUUGUUUUAUAAUUAGCUUUUUGAUGACACGAAUUGCUUAUUUCGUUUUCAUAGUUUACACAACUGUCUUUCCUCUAUCUACUAAAUUUUAAAUGGCUCUAAAUGAAUGAUUGAAUGUUGCGAUUAUAUAAUUCUAUGUAACUUGUUGCAAGUAAUAGGCGUCUUACGUAUCCGAGUGUGCUAUUUCUCGGAGAUUUUUGGAGAUACAGACAAACAUAACUUACAAUUACAUAAAUUUAUUACGCACAGUUGUAUAUGGAUAGUCAACAUACGACAAUUGUAGUCCUUUCUUUGUUUUUCUAUCACGGAUAAGAUAUACAUUAUUAUUUUAUAUAUUGUUAUCAUGCCUUCUCUUAAUUUUAAGGAUGUGUAUCUCGCAAUGCCUUUAUGUUCCAAUGCUAAAAACAAUAAAGAUUAUAUCCUACAA